UGACUCUUCAACGACUUCUUCAUUCUUCCCAAAUACUCCUGCCAUCCUUUGCAAGUAAGCACUGCACUGCACUGCACUCACCACAGAUCCGAUGAUCUCAUGGCAUUAGACAAAGAUAUCCCCAUCUUCAACAUCUUCUCUAUAAAUCACUCCCUUUGAAACACCCAUCACUCUCAUCUGCUCGACUCUCUCUCUCUCUCUCUCUCUCUCUCUCUCUCUCUCCCAUAAAAAACAAACCACAAAAAUGUCCACCAAAGCCGCCUCCAUGCCGUCACAUAACCCCUCCACCUCCGGCACCCACGAGAUCGUGCCCACCAAAGACACCGACCCCCCUUCCUCCUCCAUUUCCACCAACCCAGUCCAACCCCCGCCGACCAACGACGACGAAGAAAAUUCAAAGCCAGUAAAAGGCGCAAAUCAACGAGAAUCCGAGGACGAAUACUCCAAGGCGACUUCUCUGUGCUUUCCUUUCAAAUUCAAGCACCGAAAUCCAAAACCCAAAUCAGUUAACAACGGUAGCAGCAACGAAAACGGGCCAAAUGACGGCAACGCUGACGGCGGAGGAGGCCAUAGUGUGCCUAAGCAGCUUUCGAGAUUGGUCGAAGCAGAUCUGAAAUUCAUUGAGAAAGCAUCCGAGAGGAUUACGGCUUGCCAAGACGACAUCAAUACAGUGAAAGAGAGGUUCAACAAGCUCAACCCAGAUACCGGAAGUGAAAAAGAUUACAGGGACUUGAAGAAAAUUGUCAAGAAAUUAAAGCAUAAGAUCUCAUCCCAACACAAGGAUGAGCACGAGAGCCAUCUGUGGGCGGAUGGUGGUGCAAAGGCCAACGGAACUAGUGCAGACUUUGAUUUUGAUCAAAAACUUAACUUGACGAAGAAUGCGGCGUUUGAGUUAACCCUUGCGUUCAAAGAAUUUGAGGCGAGUUACCAUGAGCUCAGCAUGGAGUUGAAGCUGUGUCUCCUUAGUUUCUCGAUAUUCCCGGAAAAUGCUGGGAUCAAGAAAAGGGUCAUGAUAUACUGGUGGAUGGGAGAGGAGUUUGUACCUCCCCUAGAAGCGAGCAACAACAAUAUGACUGUGGAGCAAUUUGCCAAUGACUACUUUAAGAAACUUGUUGCAAAGGGAUUUGUUGCGCCCGUGCACGAAAAGCGCAGGCAUGGGGAGUACAUAUGCAAGAUGGACCCUUUUGUCCGCUCUAUGGUGAUUAAGCUUGCCAGGAGAGCUAACUUCUUCGAUUUUGAUGAUGUGGGCAACAUUACAGAGGAUGACUAUAGUUCUCUCUGGGCCUGCUUAAUGGGCAAAGGUAAAGGGUUAUCUAAUAUUAAGUGUUUAGAAAAACUUCAUGCCCUGUUCAAUCUUAAUGAAGAUAUUCUUGAAUUCACGCCCGAAUUGUUUGCAAAGAUGGAAAACGUCAAUGUUCUUUAUUUGGGAAGGUGGCAGACACGGGCUGUGCAUCACAUAGAGGUUGAGGACACCAAAACUUUAAAGAUGAAAAAUGCAAACGUUUUGGAUGGGUUGGAAAAGGCCAAACACCUUAGGUUUUUGAGUCUUCAAGGAAUAUCUAGAAUUGUGCAGCUUCCCGAGUCCAUUUCGAAGCUUGCGAGUCUUACGAUCCUUGAUAUUAGGGCUUGUCACAACCUUGAGGUGAUUCCAGAAGGCAUUGGGUUGCUCAAGAAUUUGACACACUUGGACAUGUCGGAGUGUUACCUUUUAGAUCAGAUGCCCAAGGGACUUGCAUUGCUCUCCAAACUCGAAGUCCUCAUUGGCUUUGUGGUUGGAGAUUCUGAUCCAAAAACCUCCUGCAAUCUUGUGGAUUUGGCAAAAUUAAAAAACCUCCGCAAAUUGUGCAUUCACACUGGUGACGAUGAUUUUCCAUCAAAUAAAGAUCUGGGUGCUUUGAAUGAGUACCAAAAACUUAAGAAGCUAACAAUCGCGUGGGGAAGGGGCUCUGCACGAUCUAAGGCUGCUGAAACUGACAAGCAAGAUAACAGUGGAGGAAAUAGAAAGGAAAACAAAAAGAAAGACCAUGAUGAAACCGAACAAGGUACUGAAGCUUCCAAUAAAUCGGUUCAAGGAUCUCUAAGAGGAACCUCUACCUCUAAGCAAUUGCCAGGCACCCCAAAUAGAGGAAGUGGAGAAGACAGCAAAAGCAGAGAUAUUAGUGGUAAGCGAUUGCCAAGGGCGCUGACUAAAGGAAAUAGAGACGAUGGGAAAAACAAAGAUGGCAGUGAACCAGCAACACUGGCUGCUGAGAAAUCAAAAUUCCAAAACUUUGUGCAAAGAUCGUUAACUUUUAACAGAGUCCCAGAGGCGCCAGCCGAGCCGGUGCCUCCUGUGCUUACCUUGGGACUGACAAAACUGGACCUUCAGUGUUUCCCCAAGAUGACUCCACCAAAAUGGCUGAGCGCUAGCAAGAUGACGAAGUUAGAGAAGCUCUAUGUCAGAGGAGGCAAAUUCUCUGAUCUGGGUCAAUUCCAAGAUUUUGAAGGCAAGGAGAAAAAGGACCUGUGGUUGGAAGUGAAGGUACUACGUCUUAAGUACUUGAUUGAAUUAGAGAUGGAUUGGCGACAACUGCAGGAUUUAUUUCCCAAAUUGGAGUACUUGGAGAAGGUAAAAUGCCCGAGACUCACUUUAUUCCCAUGCGACGAGAGCGGAUUUUGGAUGAAGAGAAAAUAAGGAGAGCAAUUCAAACAAUGUAUGCCAAGAAUAAGCUACGAGCCUCUCUCGAAAGGAGGAAAAAAACGAAAGAAAGAAAAGAAACCCUAGCCGCCUUGCUCUCUUCGUCCCCCUCCCUCUCCCAUGGGUAUUCGUCACCCUUAUGCAGCGGCGGGAGGAGGGCUCUGCCCUUGGGUGUUUCUCUCCCUUCUCGGUGAUGGUUUUUCUCACUUUCAAUAACCUCUGCUUUUCAGCGAGGGUUCAAGUUUUAGAGUUUCUUUGUGUUUUUCCUCUUUCCUUUUUCUCAACUUCUUCUUCGUCACCAAAGUGCCGUUUCAAGUUCCGACAAUGGUGGUGGUGGUGGUCCAAUGACAAACUUGAUUGGCUUGCUUGCCUUUGCUACUAAGGGUGUGUGGGUUGUGUUUUCUUGUCUUUGAAUGGAUUUCGUGGUGCCAUUACUUUGUUUUGAAUCCAAGCAACACUUGGGGGCAUUUGGUCUCUAUCUUUGACUUGCACUAUAGCCGAACUUGUUUUUGGUGUGCUUUGCAGUUUGUGUUAAUAGCUUUAGCCUCGUGUCUAGAUGAUAGACAUCGGUCUGUAUUCUAUUUUUAUGUGUUUUAUUUGCUAGAAGCCUCGUGUCUAGACCAUAGACAUCGAUCGGUCUGUAUUCUAUUUUUAUGUGUUUUAUGCGCUAGAAGUGUUUGUUGUAUUAUCAUUGUAUUUUCUGUUGGAAUCCAUUGUAAGUGCCGCGUUGCUUUCCUGUUAAUGGAUAUAUUUAGUUGAUCCAAAAAAAAAAAAAACUCCUUCACAUUGUAAAU